CUUGGGGUUUUGCGAUCCCUACGUCCAAAUGCCAUAUCGAAGACAUUCCAAAUAUCUCGGUGAGUUCCAAUGCGGGGCGGCGUAUCUCGAAGAGUACAACAAAUUAUGAGACCCAAACUUCACAAGGACUCCUAUUACCUCGACCUCUUGCACCUUUGCAAAACCACCGACAACAUAAAAAAAACCCACGCGCAGGUUGUUGUCGGUGGCCACGAACAACACCCAUUCAUCGCCACAAAACUCGUUGACAAGUACGGGCACCUCGGUGGUUCCAACCUCGACCACGCGCGCAAGGUGUUCGACAAUUUGUCCGAACCAGAUGUUUUCUGUUGGAACGUCGUCAUCAAGGGUUACGCCAAUGUGGGUCCCUUCGUUGAAGCCUUGAAGGUUUACGAUGAUAUGCGUUGGAGUGGCACCACCCCGAACCGUUACACUUACCCUCUUGUGCUCAAGGCUUGUUGCGCCGAGAGAGCCACUCAUAAGGGUCGAGUGAUUCAUGGGCAUGCUGUGAAGUGUGGAUUGGAUUUGGAUUUGUACGUUGGCAAUGCCCUUGUAGCUUUUUAUGCCAAGUGUGAAGAGGUUCAGGUGUCUAGAAAAGUGUUUGAUGAAAUUCCUCAAAGAGACAUUGUUAGUUGGAAUUCCAUGAUUUCGGGAUAUACCACGAAUGGAUAUAUGGAUGAAGCUAUUAGGCUCUUCUAUGAUAUGUUUAGGGAUGAAGAUAUUGGUGGUCCUGAUCAUGCCACUCUUGUAACCGUUCUUCCCGCGUUUACUCGGGUUGCAGAUGUUCAUGCAGGGUAUUGGAUUCAUUCUUAUGUUGUGAAGACAGGGAUGGAACUUGAUCCUGCUGUUGGUAGUGGUCUUAUAUCAUUGUACGCGAAUUGUGGCCAUAUAAGCAUGGCAAGAGCCAUAUUUGACAAGAUUUCUGAUAGAAAUAUUGUAGUGUGGAAUGCGAUAAUUAGGUGCUAUGGGAUGCAUGGUGUUACACAGGAGGCACUCGGUUUGUUCCAUGAAAUGGUUGAGGUGGGUUUGCGCCCUGACGGCAUUGUGUUUUUGUGUUUGUUAUCUGCUUGCAGUCAUGCGGGUUUGCUUGAGCAAGGGUGGAACCUUUUUCAUGCCAUGGAAACUUAUGGGGUGGCAAAAACUGAGGCGCAUUAUGCUUGCAUUGUGGAUCUGUUGGGGAGAGCUGGAGAUUUGGAGAAAGCGAUGGAGUUUAUUCAGUCUAUGCCUAUCCAACCAGAGAAAAAUGUUUAUGGUGCAUUGUUGGGUGCUUGUAGAAUCCAUGAAAAUAUAGUGCUUGCUGAAUUGGCUGCAGAGAAGUUGUUUGUUUUGGAUCCCAAAAAUGCUGGGCGUUACGUGAUUCUAGCACAGAUGUAUGAAGAUGCAGGUCAAUGGCAGGACGCUGCCAGAGUGAGGAAGGUAGUCAAGGAGAAAGAAAUCAAGAAGCCGGCUGGGUAUAGCUCUGUGGAGCUGGAAUCAGGUCAUACAAAAUUUGGAGUAAAUGAUGAGACUCAUCCAUUUACAACACAGAUCUUUCAGACCUUGCUAAGCUUAGAUAGAAUAAUGGGGAAAGAGGCUCCCAUUCAAUGUGAUGCCAUUAUGUAGGAAAUGGUGGAUAGCAUGUAUACUAAACCAAGGGAAAGGGACACACCAUCGCCAUCAUGCUAAUAAGUUACCAAAACAACCUCGACUUCGCACAUUUUUAUGAUUUUUUUACCCAACAUGUACAUUUUAUAAGGUUAGAAAGCAUCCCUAACUUUUCCAUAUUCUUCCGAAUGUUAUUUAGCGAGAGCUGAUUGUUACAUCUUUGUCCUCAGAGAUGAUCAUGAAUUACACAAGCUGUUCUAUAAUAGGAGUUAACCAAUAUUGGUAAAUAAUCGUUAGUAGAAGUGUCUCUUCCUGACAAAUACCAAUGAUUAGACUUCAACAGGGUUGUUUCAUUGUGCCCUAACAUACUAGUAUGAAUGAUAGAUUUAUGUACAUUCGAAGCUUGUAACUUGUUUAAGGUUUCACGCCAGGAUUGUUAAUUAUUCGAUACUGAUUUAGAAUACCCUGCCAUGUGAUCAAAUAAAUACAGCAAAUAAAAUGGUGAUCGAUGAUUUCCUUCGUGACAGUGGGUAAUACGGAGCAAAACAGAUCAAUAUUUUGAAUAUAACAUACUUUUAGUGCCUGUCUGUUUUGUUAUUAGAAAAUUAAUUCUUAUAAUUUUUAAUAAAAAUGUCAAUUUUAAUAACAAUUUAUGGUUAAGAUUAAUUUUUGUCACACCUUAUUUAUAUUUAAGGUUUAAAAUUCAAUUCUAUUAAAGUUAAUUGUAUUCAACUUUAAAACAAACAAAUCUUUAGUUGCAAAAUUAGAGGGAAAUUUUAAUUGCCAAUGUGGUGACGAUUUAACGUGUUAAAAUGCAAUUAAAUUAAUUUGACUGAAAUUUGAUCUUAAUAUCACGUAGUUCCAAAAAGAAUUUGUUGAGUUGUUUCACUUGAGGAUAAUAAGUAGUUAGACAUAUGUUGCACUAUAAGGAAAUAGAUUUAGAUAUUGAAUUGGUAACGGAUAAAUUUUUUGCAUAGAUAAUUGAUAUAUUAUCAUUAGUCUAUUAACUGUUAGAAACUUGGUAUUUAUAUUAAUUGAUCAAUCUUUAAUCAACAAAAAAUAUGUUAACAGAUUGCAUAUAUUAAUAUGUUA